AUGGCAAAAUUCCAGCUUAGGUGGGGCAUUCUUGCUACAGGUGGUAUCGCGGAGACUUUUGGUCGGGACAUCCUCCUUAACCCUGUCACCAGAGGCAUCCACGACAUUGAGCAUGUCAUCGUUGCCGCCGCGGCAUCGUCUUCGCAAUCGAGAGCCCGCACUUUUCUCGACAAGAUUGGUGCACCAAGCUCCGCGGUUGCUUAUGGCUCGUAUCAAGAACUCACUCAAAAUCCGGACGUCGACAUCAUCUACAUAUCGACGCCGCAUAGCCAUCACUAUCAACACUGCAUGCUAUGUCUCGAAGCCGGAAAGAAUGUUCUCUGUGAGAAAGCCUUCACGACCAACGCUGAGCAAUUGAAAUUGGUCAUUCGAAAGGCGAGGGAGAAGAAGGUCUUUCUGAUGGAAGCCGUAGCACUCGAAGGCAUGGACAAGAUUAAUUCCGGCGUGAUCGGGACUGUCUACCGUACCUUUGCCGACCUAAGUAUGCUAUCAACUCCUGAAUCGCUCCCGGACACGCACCGGCUAGUGAGUCCUAAACUAGCAGGUGGUGUAUUGUUAGAUACUGGCAUCUACGCUUUGACCUGGAUCUUUCAGACCUUGUUCACUACACAAGAGAACCCGGCACCCCCUACUGUUUUGAGUACUUUGCGCAAAUACCGACUUGGUACGGACGAGCAAGUUGCGGUGCUAUUGACCUUCCCAAGAGAAGUUGACGGAGACGCUCAUGGUAUUGCAACAGCAAGCGUUCGCACAUCCACAGAUCCAGAUGGCAGGGGUACAGCGGGACCAGCAGUGCGAAUCCAAGGCUCGAAGGGGGAAAUCCAAGUCACACAUCCUGCAUUCCGCCCUACCCACACCAAAAUCAUUUUCACUGACGGUAAAGUCGAGGAAAAGGAGUGGCCACAGCCGGGCCCCGGACUGGGAAGUGGCUGGUAUAAUGGGUUUCGCAAUGAAGCCGGGGGUGUUCUCAAUCAAGAGGGUGAGGGCCACGGCAUGUUCUGGGAGGCCGAUGAGUGCGCUUUCGCACUCAGAGACGGUCGGAAGGAGAGCCAACACCAGAGUCUGGCAGAGAGCUUGCUCGUCAUGCAAGUUAUGGACCAGGUGAGGGCGCAGAAUAACAUUCUGUUCCCGGACGAGAUCGAGACCACAGAUUAUCCAAUAGCGAUAUAA